AGCGAACCGAGCCAUACCGGAUAUGAACCGCGCCGUCUCCAACUCUGGAGCCCGCCUAGCCUCCUUGUACGCCUCGUCCUCCCUCUCAUCGUCGUCGCUGGCGACGGAGGCGUGGGAUGGGCGCUUCCGGCUACACAAGCCGCGGGGGCAGCACCUGCUCACCAACCCACGUGUCCUCGACGCCAUCGUGCGUCAUGCCGCCCUCCGCCCGGGCGACGCCGUACUCGAGGUCGGCCCCGGCACCGGCAACCUCACAGCCCGCCUCCUUGCCUUCCCGGUCAACCGCGUCACCGCCGUAGAGAUAGACCCGCGCAUGGUGGACGCAGUGACAGCCCGGUUCGGGGCACUUGACAUGACGCGCAAGCUCACGGUGAUCCAGGGGGACGCCAUGGAGACCGAAUUCCCGGAGUUCGACGUUUGUGUGGCUAACAUCCCCUACGGGAUCUCCUCGCCGCUCAUCGCGAAGCUGCUGUUCGGGGCGUACCACUUUCGGACAGCAACGCUCCUGCUGCAGAAGGAGUUCGCGCGGCGGCUCGUGGCCAUGCCAGGCGACUCGGAGUAUAACCGCCUGGCAGCCAACGUUGGCAUGGUAGCGGACGUGAAGCUGCUCAUGGACGUGAGCAAGCGGGACUUCGUUCCCAUGCCCAGGGUAGACUCUUCCCUCGUCGAGAUCCGGCCGAGGGCGGCUCCGCCUGAGGUCGACCUCGCCGAGUGGCUGGGCUUCACACGGGAGUGCUUCGGGCAGAAGAACAAGACCCUCGGUGCCAUCUUCAAGCAGAAAAGGAAGAUCCUAGAUCUUCUCAAGCGGUCUCAGAGAACCGAGAGAUGCACAGGCGGUGGCAUCAUCCUCGGUGUUCUUGAUGACGACCGUAAUGACGAAGCCUGCAGCGACGAAGAUGAGGAGAGCUGCGACCGAGCAGCUGGUUUCAGCACGGAGGAGGUCGGGGCUUUCAAGGAAAGGAUUGUCAGUGCAUUGGCAUCCACCGGGCUCGCCGGGAAGAGGCCGUCCAAGAUGUCAAACGACGAGCUUCUUUAUUUGCUCAGGCUAUUCAACCAGCGAGGGAUAUGGUUUCAGUAGCACUUGUCUGUGUCAGCGCAUCGGAUAUCUGACUGCUCACCGAUGCAAAUGACUGACGCGCACAACUGACCCAUCUCCAUGAUUACUGGUGACCACUCGGCGUGGAGUUAGUCAGUUGCUAGCACAGAAACGAAUUUGCCAGUCCAUGUAUGUUUAUGAGUUGUCUAGGCGUAGGCUGAGUUGGUUCUUCGGAGGGUUUCUUUGAAUCCGUCCAUAUUUUCAUUUUUUUCAAAACUAGCAUGAUGCGAGGGCAUCAUCUUUACUGCAUUGAAAGUGUUGAAUAUUUAAAUUUAUCCUAUCUACUCCUGGAUGAACACUAAAAUCAAAUUAAAUAUAAUAUCAUCUUUAUUGGUAA